CUCCAGUCCUGGACUCCACUGAGACAACACUGAGGUCGAGAUGCUCAACAUGGGGGCUGUGCUGCUGUUACUAAUUGGUUUUACUGAUGGUGUGACGACCGUCUGCGACGCCACACAGCCAGACAUCACGACCCAGUGCUUCGGCUCUCUGGGAGGAACCGUGGAGGUCCAGCUGCCUACUAAGACCUCACAAGAUGAUACCUUCAGACUGAAGAAGAACAAUGUCGCGACUUUAUCAGAAUGGCAUCAGACAAACAUGCGAUAUUCAUUUAAUGUCAGUACUGGAAUAUUUACUAUAAAGGACAUCGACAGGACAGACAAUGGUGAAUACUCAAUGCAAGUACAUAACACAACUGGAAAGCUAGUAGCAUCUACAAAAUGUUAUUUAACCAUUCAAGCCCCGGUCUCCUCUCCCCUCCUGUCCCGGGAGUGUCUGUCCUGGGGACAGCAGAGGGUGUCCUGCUCUGCCGGGGGGGACGGACUCCACUACAGCUGGAGUCUAGACGGACUCCCGCUGAACGACACGCGUCUCCCCUCCGGACCCAGUAGCGCUAGUGACGUCACUCUGGAGCCGGGCCGGUCGGGACUGCUCACCUGCUCGGUCCACAACAUCAUGAGCAACGCCACGGCCAACAUCACCUUGUCUGUGUGUGACGGCCAGUGGGUGAAGGUGGAGACGGAGGUCCUGUCCUACCCAGGCCAGACGGUGAACCUGCGCUGUUCCUUCAAUGAGGCCUCCGGCAUCGUGCUAACUCAGGUGACUUGGAUCUACGAGCCUGUUGAGGGCGAGAGGGUCAACAUCGCCGUCCUCCACCCCGUCUUCGGCACCCACUUCCCGGAGGUGCCGCAGAAGGGGCGGGUCGCCUUCCUCACCGACUCCCUGACCAACCCCUCCAUCCAGAUCAGCAACGUGAAGAUGAGCGACGCGGGGAAGUACAUCUGCAAGUUCGCCAUCUACCCCAGCGGCGAGGUGCUGGGCACCACCUCCCUCAUCAUGCUAGCCCCGGUCUCCUCUCCCCUCCUGUCCCGGGAGUGUCUGUCCCGGGGACAGCAGAGGGUGUCCUGCUCUGCCGGGGGGGACGGACUCCACUACAGCUGGAGUCUAGACGGACUCCCGCUGAACGCUAGUGACGUCACUCUGGAGCCGGGCCGGUCGGGACUGGUCACCUGCUCGGUCCGCAACAACGUGAGCCACGCCGCAGCUAGCAUCACCUUGUCUGUGUGUGAGGGGUUCAUUUAUGUGACCUGCGCAUCUAAUGGAACAAAUAUAUCACAGUGGGUGCAAAGAGACAACAAUACCUUAUGCUCUGAGACAGCUGUGGCAUUCAACUUCAAUAUAAUGGGUGUGAAGACCUUCUGCGACGCCACACAGCCAGACAUCACAACCCAGUGCUUUGGCUCUCUGGGGGGAACCGUUGAGGGCUCGUCCCGUUCAUCGUUCGUCCUCUGACGGUGGUGCUGCUGCUCCUAGCAGCAUUGGGAGUCUACUGGGCCCUAAAGAAGAAGAAAACCUCCAGCCCUCGAGACAUCGCGCUGUCCUCCAUGGCGGUAGAUGAUGAUGUGCCGUACGUUAACGUCUCCGGGGCGACCGGGAGGUCAGGGGGAGAGUGAGGUGGAGUACGGGGCGGUCAGGGUGGCUCCAGGCCCCAGGCGGACGCGGGAGACCAAUGUGGGCGAGCUAGUGCGCGCUCAGCCCCGGAGGACGGAGGCCCUGAGAGCUGUCACCACCCAGAAGGACGCGUAGACAGCGCUUUAGCCAGAGAGCCAUCAGCCAACUGAUAUUAGACCUGCCAGGGACACUUCUCUCCCUGCAUCUCAAAGGCCACUUCGUUUGAAAAUGUGAAUGUUUAUUCGGCCGUGGUUAUGUUCAUAUUUAUGUUCAUAAAGCCGUUCACAUGUAGUUUAAAACCGUGUAGUAGUCAAAUCUCCACUCUUAUUUUUAUUAUUAAUAGUAUCUAUUUUUUCCUCUGUUGUUGUCCACGGUGGCUUCCUGGGUCAAGGAUAGAAACUGAUCCAAUCAAAUAAGUGUGAUAGCUUGAUCUCUGAAAGCAGUAUUCUGCAUGUGUAACUCAUAACAUAUAACUACUAUUUUCUUUAUACUAUACUGAA